GAAAAGAACGUAAUGAAACUGUCAGUUAAUUUCAGUGACUUUGAUAACCUUGUGGUGUCUGACUUUCCACCAGUUGAAAUUAGGAAUAAAGAUAGCAAUUUAUUGUCAGUGGAUACCAGUACCCCUUUAUCAAAGAGAACCAGGCACAAAGCAGUUUCAGUGACUGAAAACGCAAGUGAUGCUACAGAAAACAAAGUUGACAGAUAUGAGGAGGAGUAUGAAGAGGAAAAUGGAAGAGAAGAUGAUACAGAAGAAAGUGAGGAGGAUAGUAAGACUGAAGGUAAUUCAGAUGAUAGUGAAAAUGAACAGGACGAAAGUAACAAUUACUCAAGAGUUGGAGAUUUAAGUGCCAUACAUGAGCAUGUUUCAGAUGUUGAAUCAGGCUCUGAAUCAGAUAGUGGAAACUGUGACAUUGUUGAAUCUGAGAGUGAUGAAGAGGAAAAGGAAUGUGAUAGAAGAAUAACUAGACGAAUGGACAAAAGUUCAAAAUCAAAUCUAGAAAGAUUAUCAAUAAAUCAUAUAAAUCAAAGAAGGAAUACCAGAAUGACAAGAGUAAUACAAUGUCAUGAAGAUAUUAAUGACUUAGCAGAGCUUUUGGUAGAGUCACACAUCGAUUCUAGUGAAACUAAUGCAAUUUUGUAUCUUCAAAAUGAUGAAUUAGUUACUGAUGAUAAUCAGGAAGAGAUAGAAUAUGUGUCACGGUCAGAAUAUCACACUGCUCAUUCAUCAAGAUAUAGUGAUUAUCAUUCUGCAGAAUAUGAUGAUGCAGACGUUGAUGAUGGUAAUAAUGGUAGUGGCGAUGUAGGUGAUAAAGAUAAUGAUGAAGAGGUGGUAAAAGACCCUUCUACCCCAAUAAAUAACUACAGAUUGUGUGUUAAAUUCCAAGAACUGCAAAAUUCGUUCUCGGAACUUUUGACUCCCAAGAAGAGAAAGAGCAGUAAGGUAUCACUGUCAGCUCGAGCUAAAAUUCUCAUUCUCUGUGACCAGACAGAACCAAUAACCUUUACAACAGCUCUUACUAAGAAAAUGAUCUCAAAGUGUAGGAAGAUAGGAGAAGGGGUUUACGGUGAGGUUUUUAGAGCUAUCAACAGUAAUGGAGAUUCUAUUGCCUUCAAGAUCAUCCCUAUAGAAGGUGAUUUUGAAGUGAAUGAUGAAAAACAGAAAAAGUUUGCAGAAAUUCUACCUGAAGUUGUUAUAGCUAAGGAAUUAAGCAACUUACGUAACGGUAAGACCUCCAUGACAUCAAACUUCUGUGAAGUUAACAAUUUAUCAUGUGUUAAAGGAAGAUAUCCAGCCGAGUUACUGAAACAGUGGGACAUAUUUAAUAAAAAUAAAGGCUCCGAAAAUGACAGACCUGACGUAUUUCCAGAAAAGCAACUUUACAUUAUGUUGGAGUUUGAUGAUUGUGGAACUGAUUUAGAAUCUUAUAAGUUCACAACAAUCCAUCAAGCCAAAAGUGUUCUGACACAAGUAGGCUAUGCACUGGCAGUGGCAGAGGAGGCGCUCCAGUUCGAGCACCGGGAUCUUCACUGGGGUAACGUACUUGUUCGCCCCACAGACAAGGAAGAUAUUACCUUCAGAUUGAAGGGUAGACCAGUCGUAGUGUCGUCACAUGGGGUGGAAGCCUGUGUAAUAGACUUUUCUAUGUCACGACUGACCAAAGAUGGAUGUACAGUUUAUACAACAAUACCAGAUGAUGACACGCUAUUUGACGGAAAGGGUGAUUAUCAAUUUGAUGUUUACAGAGAGAUGAAGAAAGAAAAUAAAGGUAACUGGGAGAAGUUAAAUCCACAUUCUAACGUCUUAUGGCUACAUUAUCUGGCUGAUAAACUUGUGUAUCAUACGAAAUACCCAAGUCAUUCUAGUAGACAGGAACGUGAUGUGUUACGAGAAUUCCGGCAGUUUAUGUCAACUAUGAUAGACUACAGCAGUUCACUUGAAAUGACUGCAGACAGUUUGUUUAUGAACUCUUGAGACUGUGGCAUAAAUCAGUGUGAGAAAAGAGCAUGUUGUCAAAAUGUGCCAUAUGAAGAUAGGGACAAUAAGCGAAAAGUGUUACUUUAUUUUACAUGGUCUAUGAAAGAAAGUGAGUCCACUUCGUGAUAAA